GGGAAUUGAAACACUCAUUAUUUGGAUUUCACGUAUUAAAUUGCAUGCCAUGAAGGGAACUCUCGUUGUCAUAAUCGCAUAAUGUUUUUUUGGUUAACGACUCAAUUAUGACAAUUAUCGAAAUUAUUGUCGUGACGGGGGAGUUUUUCGGAUUAAUAACCAUCACAGGAUGUCUGACAGUUUUAGCCCUCCUCUCAAGACUCUUGGAAUUCUCCCUUAUUGUCGUUCCACCUGUGUGUCUACUUUUACUGCGAAAAAGCCGGAUAUUAAUAAGCUCUUCCAUCGCAUGGUGUGGUCAGAUGACGUGUCGCGUUCUGAGCAAAAUAUCAUCGAUGUGCCCGAGUGAAUCGAGACUGGAAAUUGCUCGUAGCUGCACCAUCGAAUUUCCAUCAUACUCUUCGUCUUACAAUCCAGAAAUUGGGAUUGGUGUUGUGCCAGUGUCGGUGCCAUAUACGACGAGGAAUAUCGACACUGAACAUCUUCAGGAAUUUAACGGAAACUAUAAUGAGGAAAUACCUGUGGUGCAGGAGCGUGAGGGGGAGGAUUGAAUCUGCAGGAGUUAUUCAGGAGGCUCUUGCAGAAAUGGAGGAGGGGAGAAAAUAUGCC